AUGUUACAAUCGAAAAAGGCUACAUCGAGCUUCGAUACACCAAAGGCAGCAAAGGAUGCACUAUGGACCUGCUCAGCACCGACUCGUCGAACAUCAACAAGAUCAAGUUCAAAGCAGGAGUGCGAGGGAAUGCAGAUGGAAAACUCAACGAUUGUCUUGAAGCGGGUGACUCAUUAGCGCAAAGCUUUAACAACGUUCUGCCUUUCGUCUACAGCGUCGAUAACAAGGGCAUAGAAGAUCUCAACAACCGU